CGAAGAAACUAUCCAUGGCUCUAACCAGCCGCUGCCGGCUCCGAGGUCUCAGGAUCCCAGCGGAGGCGAAGUGCGGUAAAAAAUAAUGACGUCCCGCUCGGACAGUGGGAGCGGGGAGGACUCGUUGGACCGCCUCCUGCCCCCGGCCGGGGCCCCUCGCAGGAAGAGCGCUACCUCUCUGAGUAAAACAGAGCCUCCUCUGCUCCGCACAGGCACACGCACCAUCUACACCGCUGGCCGCCCUCCCUGGUAUGACGAGCACGGAGCUCAGUCAAAAGAGGCCUUUGUCAUUGGGCUGUGUGGGGGCAGCGCCUCAGGGAAGACCACCGUGGCCAAUAAGAUCAUUGAGGCUCUGGAUGUGCCGUGGGUUGUGCUACUGUCGAUGGAUUCUUUCUACAAGGUUUUAUCCCCCGAGGAGCAGGCUCUGGCCGCAAAGAACGACUACAACUUUGACCACCCGGGAGCAUUUGACUUUGAGCUGCUGGUUUCCACCCUGAGAAAACUGAAGCAGGGCAAGAGUGUGAAGAUCCCGGUGUAUGAUUUCACCACGCACAGGAGACAUAAAGACUGGAAAAAUGUGUACGGUGCCAGUGUGAUCAUUUUUGAAGGAAUUAUGUCGUUUGCAGACAAAGAGCUUCUUCAGCUCCUGGAUAUGAAAAUCUUUGUGGACGCAGACUCAGACAUUCGGCUUGUCCGCCGGCUCCGCAGAGACAUCACAGAGCGUGGACGGGACAUUGAAGGCGUAAUCAAGCAAUACAACAAGUUUGUGAAGCCAGCCUUUGAGCAGUACAUCGAGCCAACCAUGAGGCUGGCAGAUAUUGUUGUACCAAGAGGUGGUGGGAAUAUGGUGGCCAUUGAUCUGAUUGUCCAGCAUGUUCACAGCCAGCUGGAGGAGCGUGAACUCAGUGUCAGGGCGCUCCUGGCCUCUGCCCAGCAGACGCAGCCGUUGCCCCAGACGCUCAGUGUCCUCGAGAGUACGCCGCAGGUCAGAGGCCUGCACACCAUCAUCAGGAACAAAGAAACCAGCCGAGACGAGUUUAUCUUCUACUCAAAGAGGUUAAUGCGGCUUCUCAUAGAGCAUGCUCUAACAUUUCUACCAUCUCAGCCGUGUUCAAUUCAGACCCCACAGGGCCAUGAGUACGAGGGCUGCAGUUACAACGGUAAAGGGAUCACCGGUGUGUCGAUCCUGCGUGCAGGAGAGACCAUGGAGCCCGCCCUGAGGGCCGUGUGCAAGGACGUCCGCAUCGGCAAGAUCCUCAUCCAGACCAACCUCGACUCAGGCGAGCCAGAGCUGCAUUACCUGCGUCUGCCCAAAGACAUCAGUGAAGAUCAUGUCAUCCUAAUGGACAGCACAGUCUCCACCGGCGCUGCUGCCAUGAUGGCAGUUCGAGUCCUAUUGGAUCAUGAGGUGCAGGAGGAUAAGAUCAUGUUGGUGUCGCUGCUGAUGGCAGAGCUCGGGGUGCACUCUGUGGCCUAUGCCUUCCCAAAGGUCAAAAUCAUCACCACUGCUGUGGACAAGGGCCUGGAUGAUUUUUUACAUGUAAUUCCUGGUAUCGGGGACUUUGGGGACCGGUACUUUGGGACUGAUGGCUUCGACAGCUGGAGUGAUGAGGAGGACCAGGAGCAGCUGUCAUACUGACUCAAACAUUUGUGAGACUCUGUGAAAGAAAACACAAACUACUUGAAAACUGUUGUGCAUCAUCCUCUUCAGGUGUAGACUAGCAAAAAAAAAAAAAUUGUUAUAUUCACUUUUGUGUACUGUAAAUUAUUUUUUUUUACUCCUCUGAAGAUGAUGUCUGAGUCCAGGUUUGUGCAUGAGGGAUAUUUUGUUCUGCUCGAGUAUUCAUCUUAAAUAUUUUAAUACCGAACAGUAAAGCAGUGCCAUUACCUUUGAGGUGCAGUAAAACAAUAAUGCAAUAACGUUAUUAAAUGGGUCCAGGUUGCACCAGCUGUUCUUAAAUCCAGAACUUAGUAAGAGUAAAAGAGUAAUUUCAAAGAGUAAUGUACUAUAUUUAGUUGGGCAAUUAAAAUAUAGUGAAUGUCUUCAGUAGUUUUGACUGUAGUAAUGUGUAAAUCUGUCAUGCAUAUAGGGAGUUUCAGUUCAAUACAGCAGCACCGUGAGGCAGCAUCAGUAUGGAAACAUGCCCACGGUAGCAGGUAAUGUUUGCCUUGUUCACAGUCUCAGUUUUACAUAUUACCAAGCCAAAGUACAGCUGAUUGGACCAAAGAAAAGCUCACAUACGAUAUUAUUUGAAUAAAAAUUAGGAGAUCACCAACAGUAAGAAGUUUCUAGGCUCGAUUUCUGCUGAUUGCUAGGCUGUCUCCCUGUGCGUGUGUGGGCUUUCCUCUUAAGAGCUUGAAGUCCAGUCGCCUUCUUUUGAAGCUCUUAAGACUACCAUGACCUGGAUGACUGAGAGCCUGCACAGACAUGAGGGCUUUCCUCCAGUUUCCUCUCGUAGUUCUAAGACAUGUGUGUCAGGUUAACUGGUGAUUGGUGAGCUUGUCUGUGGCUGUAGAAGGCUCUCGCUGGUGAUCAUUUGCCAAAGUGGUUAAAUAAUUUAAUUUUUCUUCAUUACUAGACACUAAUGAAUACAUGUAAUUCAUUAUUACAAUUAUUUGGAAUUUUCACAUUAAAAAAACCCAUAAAUUUCAUCCUCAUGGUGGUGCUAGAUGAAAAGUUAGAGGUGCUUCUUUUUUGGGGUGAACAGCACAAUAGACAAUUUUUUAAGGUAUUUGUGUAAUUCUUGAAGUCGCAGAUGAACUUAUCUCUAUCGAUAAAACCAAUUGUGUCUAAACAUAGCUCUGACCAGGCUCCAUUGGAGAAGUGUGUUUUUAAGAAGAAAGACAUUUCACACAAUUUAGAUUGAGUGUGAAACGUCUGAUUGCAUGAACCCUACCACCAUUAUAGGUCAUGUGUUUGGUCAUUAGUUUGACCAUUUUGUGAGCAUAAUUUCAGACCUUUACUGUUACAAUGUAAUUCAACCAUAUUUUCAUAGCAGCCAACUAAAACCAAUUAACUCGUUUGCAGUCAUCUAAACAGCUCAGGCUAAUAUUAUAUUCUGGGUAUUUGGUUCACAUAGAUACGCAGCAGUGAUGUAUAGGAUUUACAGGCUAUAAAUGUUAGUGUGGUGAAGCCUGUUUUAAAUUGGGGAUAUGUUCAUUUGCACGUAGUUGUUGAGUCACUUGUAUUUUUAUAGCACAUUUAAAAACACCUGGCUUGGGCCCAAAGUGCUUUCCAGUCCAGGCAGGUGGAUUAACAAAACAUAGAGGAAUGCAUGGAAGGUAAAAACAGCAUUAAGAGAGAAAUAUGAGUAAAGGAACUGGGAACAUAUCAAAGUAAUGGCAUAAACACAGUGUAAUUACACUUGCACAGCAUUUGAUUUUCCAUCAAUCCCCUUUCUUCCACAUAUCCAAUUCAUAGGAUCAUAGUGGGGCUGCGGCCUAUUUCAGUUGUCAUGGGGUGAGAGGUGGGAUACACCCUGGCAAGACACCAGUCUUUCACAGGGCUAAGAGACACAGACAACCAUCUACAGCCAAUGCAGAACCGAACAUGCAAGUCUUUGGAUUGUGAGAGGAAGCCGUGGGUGCUGGAGGGAUCCCACGCAGGCAGAGGAAGGGCUCCAGUCGGCCGGUGAAUUUGAACCAACAAUGCAGCAACAAUGCUAAACUUUGCAGCGCUGUGCUCCCGUGCAUUUCUUAAAAAUAAGUUUUAAUUAAAUUAGAAUUAAAAAUUUUAUUUUUUUGCAGCCAAAGCAAAAAAAGAUAUUUUACAUGAAAAUUGCCCCUCAACACCUUUUUCCUUCUCACUGUUGCAGUGUGCUGCUCAUAAGGAGUCACUUCCUCCAAAAUACUGUGGGGUCCAAUGUCUUACAGAAUAAUGCUACUGUGAUUUAGUACUAUACAAGUAAACACGAAUUGAACUGAAUUAAAUACUAGAAAUAACAUUGUUGUAGAUCACUACUGUUUUUCAACUGAAAGAGUUUUCUUUUGUCCUUGUCAUAAAAAAAGAGCAAAAAGUCAAAAAUGUGAGCACUUUUUAUCCACCAUGGUUUAUUGUGUCUUAUAAAUCAAAUCAAAGCAAUAAAAUUUACUGCAAAUACAUAGUUACAAAGGAAACAAGUCUGAGUUUAUGAAUAGCUGGUGCAACAAGAAAGUGUUCAGUGAACUUUCACACUUUAUGCUGCUCUAGAAGGAUUUUUCUGUAUGAAAUGGGUUAAACUUAUGUCUGAAGUAGAGCUGUUGUUUUAAAUUUAUAGUAAAGACACAUAAGAAAGGGGGGAUUAGAUAAGGAUUAAAAUGUAAAAAAUAUAAAUCUUGUAUUCAGGGUAUGAAAAACAUGAGAUUUUGAUACAGAUUCAGUUUUCAGCUCUCACAUCCACCACUCCAAGUUACUGCUGGAGUUUGACAUGGCGUGUCUGCGAGGUGCCGGGUCACGGACGGUCACAUGCUCACGCUUGAAUACUUUAAAAGCUCCUCUGACUCUCAGGGUUCACGCACAGGCCGCCUGGCUCCUCUCUGCAAUGCACUUUAAGGCCUGAAGGGGUCAGUAUGGCUCACAUUAAGCUUCUUCCAGUAUGAUUUAUAGUGUGUUUAUUACCUUUGAGAAAUGUGUUAUUUUACAGCACAGGAAAUGCACACGGACUCACCUGAAUCACAAGUUAGAGGUUUGAUGUGAGCAGCUGGAAACAUCCUUGUGCUUCUCAGUUUAACUGACUGAUCUGGUGCUGGCUGCGGCGUGUUAAUGCUCACUUGUGAACUUGUAAAUAAUAAUGUUUCAGGGCUAAAAAUGAGCAGUAAAA